AAAACAUGGCUAAUCCUCACAUCCCUGUUGAAUUUAAUAAAGAUGAUGAUGAAUUGAAAUGUCAUCCUUCCUAAAGUGGUUCCACAGCCACUCCUACACUCUUUGAGAAUCCUAAUAAUUCUAAAGCUUUCUGUGCAUAGUUUUUUGAAGACCAAUUACACUAAGAUGGUACUAUCCUUUUUCAUUUAUUUAAGAUGAUGAAUUUGAUGAACUAAAUCAAUAGUUAAACUAAGUCUUGUUAAAUGAUUCAUUUAAACCUUCACUUGCCUAAGCUUUUACAGCUGACAUGUAAAUUCAAUUUUUAAAACGAUUAGGUCAUCAUAUCUUAGUCAUGAGAAGUUGACAAAAAACUCUAGAAAGAUGCAAUAAGAAUAUUAGAAUGCCACUUUGAGGGAGAAAGAAUUUGUAUUCAACACUUAUAUUAAAAAUGAUAUUGAAAACUUUAGUUUAGACAAAUACAAACACUACAUACUUGAGAAAAUAAUUGAAGUUGGUAUUUUUGGAUUACUUAUGGUUUAGGCCCUCCAUCCCAUAAAAAUCUCAUUCUUGAUAGAAUUUAUAAUUAAAUACAUAAACUCAUCAAAGAUCUCUAUGCUUGUAAGGUUAUGCAAAAGGGUUUGGAAGUCAUGAUAUUAAAUCCACAAGAUUCUCUGGAAUAAUUGGAGAACUACCUUGCAUUCAUACAUCAAGACACUGUCUAAAUGAAGAAAAUCUACGUUGAUAAGAUUGCUAAUCAGAUUAUUCAAAAGAGUCUGGAACUCCUAGAAGGAAAUAAUCUACUGAAAUUACUUUAGAUUCUAUCUAAAUAUGUAUGAAUAUUGAAUGAUAAUAUUACCUAGAUUCUCAGUAACAACAAUGAAAAGUUCGAGUUAUCGACUGAUCAAUACGGAUGUCUCAUCGUCAAUAAGAUCAUUGACAUCUAUCCAAAAUAAUUCGAUGCAUAAACCAAGUCGAUCUGCAAUAACAUUAUAGUUAGGGCUAUCGAAAAUUGUUCUUGUCUCACUAGGAGAUAGUAUGCUAACUAUAUUAUAUAACAAAUAUUGGAGAAAGGACAAGAAGUCCAUAAAAGAUUGUUAAUGGAUCAAUAUCUUAUUAAAGAUUUUAUUUCAAUGGCUUUGGAUAAGUAUGGUAGCAAUGUAGCAGAAAAGACUAUCAUUUAUGCAGGUCCAUAGUGGAGAUUGAAAUUAUGGGAAGAAGAAGUCUCUAUUUCUGAAAGGUAGAUAUAAUUAUGAUAUAUCAUUCUAGUUCAUUUAAGAAAUUGGUAAAUGAUCAAUUUGCUAAUUAUCCAGUAUAAAGACUAUUCGAGUACUUGGAACAACAACAAAGAAACGAGUUUAUUGCUCUUUUGAAUAAAUUACAUGGCAACAAUCAGUUGAAUAAUCAUGGUUAAAUAGUCAUGAAAUUCGCUUAAGCCAAUUAUUCUGUCAAAAGAUACACUCACAAGAUUGUAUAGUCAGAAUUAAACAAAAACAACAAGGAGAAGAGCAAUAAUAAUAAAGGAUAGAAGAAUCUAAAGCAACCUUAAAAUCAAUAGAGUGCCCCUUAGCAGAUGCAACAAUAAUAGCAAUCCUUAUAUCAAUAGUAGAUGUAAUAAAUGAUGUUGUAACAACACUCACAAUUGAAACAGUUUGAUCAAUAGUAAUAUUAAGCUGCUGUUAUGCAGUAAAUGCUUAUCCAAUAAUAACAAUUCUUAACUUAAAUGCCGUAGUUGUACAAUUAGGACAUGCAUUAUAUGCCUUAUCCAAUUAUGACAUAAGAGUAAUAGAUGAUGAUGCUACGAUGGAUUCAACAGUAACAGCAACUUUGUAAUGCAAAUAUUAAAUUCCAAAAUGGAUAAUAAAAAUGAC